AUGAGACAGGCUCGACAGCUCUGCAACGAACUGUACGUAGGAGUGCACUCGGACGAGGAUAUCGCCCAGCACAAGGGCCCCGUGGUGAUGCAUUUGCCCGAGCGAGCUCUGGCGGUCGAAGGAUGCAAGUGGUCCACCAAACCUAUUCUCAAGGCCCCCUACGUUACCGACCCCAAGGUGAUGGACGACUACCAGUGCAAGUACGUGGUCCACGGAGACGACAUCACCACCGACGAGCACGGAAACGACUGCUACCAGACCGUCAAGGACGCUGGCCGCUUCAUUGUGGUCAAGCGAACCCCCAACAUUUCCACCACCGAUCUGGUGGGCCGAAUGCUGUCCACCAACACCAACCACCACCUGCCCACCGUUACCACCGACGAGAUUACGUCCAAGAAGCACUUCCUGCUCCACGGCGACGCUCUCGAGCGGUUCGAGCAGUACGCCACCGGUGCCGAUGCCAAGGCGGCCCACUCUGGCGUCUACAUGUACACAGGAGCGAAUGCUCCCAUUGCCGAGAUUGUGGCUCCUUCGGCCGAGGUCAACAAGGGGCUUCAGAAGGUCUGGUAUGUGGACGGAGCCUUUGAUCUCUUCUUCAUGGGCCACAUUCAGCUGCUCAAGGAUCUGCGGGCUGCUGCCUCCAAGGAGGGUGCUCUGAUUGUCGUGGGUCUUCACGACGAUAAGACUGUCAACGAGGUCAAGGGCGAAAACUACCCCAUCAUGAAUCUGCAGGAGCGUGCCCUGUGUGUUCUGCAGUGCCGAUACGUGGACGCUGUGGUGCUCCAGGCUCCCUACAUUGCUUCUGAGAGCUUUGUGGAGGGUCUUGCCAAGGCCGGCAUCCAGGUGGUCAAGAUUGUCCACGGAGCUACUCCCGUGACCGAUCUUGAUGGACAGGAUCCCUACGCCUGGGCCAAGAAGGCCGGAAUCUACCAGGAUGCUCCUACUCACGAGUUUGCCGGGGUGUCUACACGAACCAUUGUGGACCGUGUUCUGAAAAACAGAGACGCCUAUGAGGAGCGUCAGCGAAAGAAGGGCUGGAAGGCCGAGAACGAGAAGAAGCUCAAGGACGAGGAGGGCGAUCGGUUUGCCAAGUAG